AAUUAGACAAAAGAUAAGGAGAAAUUUAAUUAUUUAGCAUUUGUGGCUGUAAUAUGUGUUUUUUUUAAUAUAAUUUUCGCAAAUCAUCACACCAUGUUGAUUUAAUAGCAAAUUUUGUCGCAGUAAUCUCCAUCGAUCUUUUAACAUUUUUUUAUUAAACGUAAGCCGUUUAAGUAAUCAAAUUACAUAUUUAAUCGAACAUCCAGUGGAAUUUUUAAUACGAAAUCGUUUUAUAACAUCGAAAAAAAAAAAUUAUAUUUUCGAUGUUAUAAAGGGAAGAUUCCAUGGGAAAAAAAAAUGUUAUAUUUAAUUGACUUGUUAGUUUACUGCGCCACGGACAGACAAAAUAAUGAAUUUGAUUUACAUAUUACAAUUUUGUCUUACCAGAAGGGACGUAAUCUUCGUCUGUCGAACUUUGUUCUUCGAAAUCGGGUUCGGUUUCCAUUUCUUCAACAAUUUCAGUAUAGGAUACUUCAUUAAAGUGCUUUCAAACUUAAUGUCAGCUGGAAUAGAGUUUUAAAAAUGGAAAUAUUUCUAAUGGAGUAAUGGCUUCGGCAGCAGAAGAUUUUGAAACUUCAGAAUUAGAUUCAAUUAUAAAUGUAAUAGGCUUAACUCCAUCUGAUCCUCUGGACACAUUUGCAGAAAUGUGGUAUCAAGUAUUUUUAUGGGCUUUGUUUUCAUCACUAUUUGUACAUCUUAUUGCAGCAGGCAUAGCAUUUGGAACAUUAAGAAAACAUAAAUUAGGUCGUUUCAUGCCUCUUCUUAUUGUAAUAUUUGGAGUUGUUGCACCUUUAACAGGCGGUGUUGUUACAAGUAAGAAUUUUAACUAUUGCAAUAGUGGUGUGUGUGUGUAUUAUAUAUAUAUAUAUAAUCAUAUAAAUAGUUAUAAAAAAAUCAUAUGUCCUAGUGACUAGAUGU